UUAAAGUAUCAGUUUAGAAAAAAUGAGAGAACAUUUACUUUACUUCCCGUUUGUGAUUUUAACAGCAAUCACACUAUGGACAAGUUCUGUUAUAGCUAAAGGAACACAACAUGUGACUUGUGGUUCUGCAUUAAAAUUAAUGAAUGUGGACUACAAAGUCAGAUUACAUUCUCAUGAUAUACAAUAUGGAAGUGGCAGUGGUCAACAAUCAGUGACUGGUAUAUCAACAAAGGAAGAUGGAAAUUCAUAUUGGCUUAUUAAAGCUGGAACAAAAAAAGAAUGCACUAGGGGUAUUCCGAUUAAAUGUGGAGAUAUCAUAAGGCUAGAACACAUAACUACAAAGAAGAAUCUUCAUUCGCAUCGUGUUAGCUCACCUCUUAGUGGUAAACAAGAAAUAUCUGCUUAUGGGGAUAGUAAAGGAGAAGGUGACAAUGGAGACAAUUGGCUUUUAGUAUGUCGAACUGAAUUUUGGAAAAGGGAUGAUCCUGUUAUGUUGAAACAUGUAGACACAGACACAUACUUAGCAGUAAGUGGAAGAGUUUAUAGUAAUCCAAUUAGUGGUCAAAGUGAAGUUGUAGGUGAAUAUUCUCCCAGUAGUCCCCAUGUGGAGUGGAUAACGACAGAAGGAGUAUUCAUUCAUCCUAAUGACUUUAAAGCGCAACAUCACGCACAUACAGAAUUAUAAAACUUAUUUCCUUAGAGAUACAAUUUUUUAUGAUUAGUGUCUGAUCUGUAUUUCUGCGAGAAAGGAUUUACCUAAACAGUGCUUGGAUUAAAUUGAUAGAAAAGUAAUUCUUCCAUUGCAGUACCGCAUGAGAGAUCAUUUAGGAAGCAAUAAACUUAGAGUUAUUUAUUAUUCCUAUGAUUUACAUAAAAGCCAAAUAAUAUUACAAAUAAUUAUACCUUUAAUACAACUUUAUUACGAAUAUAAUUUUGAAAACGAUAAGUCACUUCAUUGUAAAACACUUUUUUUCAUAGA